AGCCAGGUAGUGAAAUCUAGAUAAAAAAAAGGAAAAUAAAGAGAAAAAGUGAGGAAUAGGAAAAUAGUUUAAAACGCAGUCGUCCCGACGUUCCUUUUUGUUCAGCUGCCUCGCUUGUCGCAGGCGUAGAGCGCUGCAAGAAAACUCGGGGGCGAUGCUUGAGUGGAGAUUCCGAGUUUCACUCCAUCAUCUAGUGACCGGUUACGCUGGCCUUGUUUCAGCAAGGAAAAUAGUGCUUCCUCUUACUUGCAUCCAACCAAAAGGGCUUGAGAGCUUAAAGCGGUCAGUGCAUACUUCGAACGACGAUGAUGAUUUUGCGGAAUUAGGCUUACCGGUGGAAAGGGUUGGAGGUGUAAUUGCGAAACUGAUGACAGAAAGGCCUCAACAUUUUGUGAAAAUCAAUGGUACUAAAAAGAAGUUAAAUGGGUCACCAUUUAAGGAAGACAGCUGCCUUAACAUCAAGGAUGUAUCACUUAAAGUUGGGAACUCUUUUGUUCCUUCUCUAGAUCUUGAGAACAAUGAUAGUGGAAGAUCUACUUUCAGAACUUCAAGUUCUGUUACGAUUAAGAAUGCACCUUCUAUAAUUGACUUUCUUGAGUUAAAGGAGGCAAUUUCAGUUUUUGGUAAGGUUAUAAAGGUUUCCAGGAGGCCUGGUCCAUAUGGACUUGAUAAUUGGGACAUUGAAUUUAAGAGAUUGAAGUCAAGCAAGAAAGCAUUAUCAGUUGGCUAUAUAACUGUAAAGAAAAUGCAUCUCCGAAUUUGGCCACUGCAGUCAUUAGAAACUGUUAUAGUUAGAAUUAGCAACAUCAGCUUAGAGACUGCAGAUUCAACAAUACACUCUGCAUGCAAAUUAUGUGGUUCUUUGAAGGGUCUUGUGAGGAUGAAAGAGGAUGUUGUGGAUGCCUUAUUUAGUUUGAAGGGUGAAACAGACACAAAGAGCACACUAAAGAAAUUGAACUCUACAGUGAUUGAUGAGUCAAAAUGGUUAGCUCAUUUACAGCAAAGCGACUCUCCGUCAAUGGCGAUGACUGAAAACGGCAAUGCUGAAGGUGAUUUGGGGUUUAAAAUUGGUGGACAUUUGGCUGACUUGGAAAGGGAAGUACUUAUGAAGAAGAUUUGUGUGGAAGACCUGCACCGUUUGCAUCAUUGCGUGCUACACCUUGAAAAUCACCCUCUGAAAGCUCCAUCAACAGAAUCUGAGUUGUAAAUUCUCAGCAGCAAUUACUAGAAUGGCUUUAUCAGAAUUUGAGUAUCAAAUAUACGGCUUUUGCCUCUGACAGCUUCCUACGGGAAAUCUGUUGGAGCCUCAAUCAGGGUUCUCAAGAAAAA